ACUCACUGGUGGCAGCUCUGCUCUCUCCCGCCAUACCGGAAGCCGAAAACUACAGUCACUCCAAUGGCGACACUCUUUGCGCCGCCUCCGUCAGCUCAUCUUAAUUCAUCUCUCUCGUUUCCUUAUCCUUCUCCUUCCUCUUCUUCUUCUUCAUCGAAGUAUCAGCAGGUAUUUCAUUGCUCUGUAAUGAAAACUUCUUUGCUUAAAGGAUGGAAAUCUGUGGUUCAUGAAUUGGGGGGGUUUAAGCCCUUAACAUCAACAAAUUCAAAAUUUUGGAAGAGAAGGAGAACUUUGAUCUGUGCAGUCAAUCAAGAUGCUGAGGAAGCCUUCAAAAAGACUGUUGAAGUGGACAGGCUUAUUGACUUGCUGAGGGAUGCAAAUCCACAAGAACUUCAGAGGCUUGUUGUUGAAAAUAUCCUGGCUUUCAAUGAAAGUUUUUGGAUUCGACUUGCAGCACGUACUGAUACUUGCAAAUCAGAGGAUGAUAAAGCACGGUUCUUGAGUUGGUUAAUUCUUAUAUUUCAUUAAGUUUCCAGGUUGACCUGCAUCUCAUCCGCUCUAUUUUGUAAUUAUUGCUUCUUUAUUCCUUUUCUCUUCAUGCAGAAAGACUAUGAGGAAUUGGCUACCUCUGUAAUGAGCAUAGUGGAUUGCCUGGUUCAUAAGACCCAUGAGAAGAUAGAGUCAGCUACUGAUGUGCUGAAGGGGAUUUUGAAACCUGUAGUUGAUGAGGUAGAAGAGAUUCCAUGGCCUCCUAGUGAUCCUGAGGCUCUCAAACUGAUGGAGAAAGAAAUAAUGCAACGGGAGCAGGAAGGGCAGCUAGAUGAAGGUUUUCUUUCAGAAGUCAACGCACAACUACGACAAGCAAAACAAGAUGGUGAUAAGCCUGGUCUUGUUUCUAUGUUGCAAAAGGUUUUGCAACUCUAUGCUUCUAGACUUCUUUCCAAACGCAGUUAUGCAAAGAAAGGGAAUGAAGUUCUGAAGGCUGAACAGUUUCUUGAAACUCUGAUCAAAGCUCCUGAGGAAGAGUGGAACAAGCUUUUGCUUGAUGGAUUGACAGUUGGCAAGGGUGAAAUUUCACCAGAGGAACUUGAUGCUGUUGUGAAGAAAAGGAUUGAACGGACUUUAAUACGAACAGAGGGAGGUUCAUACCAGCAACGUGUUCUUACCGAGUACUUGAAAGGCAUUGAAUCAAGAGCCGAGGAGAUUGUACAGUUUCUGAGCAAUCAACCAUAAGCACCCUCUGCAAAAUUGAAGAUGAGCCUAGACGCAAAAUAUCAAACCUGCAAAAUUUGAAAGAGUUAUCUCCAUGAUGAAGAGUUAGAACACUGAAACAUAGAUCCUAUUGACUGUGCAUUGCCCAAACUUAACCCAUUUGAAUCUGCAGGCAAAUAUUUAUUCUAUGCUGGGUGGGGUGUGGUAUUAAUAAUUGAGGAUGUGACAGUAAUAUAACUUUUUUUCAUUACCUACACAUUUCUUCUCAAACGAGGGUAGGAAGAUGGGAUCAUAAGAAUUAUUUGUAAUAUAAUUAAUAGUAGAUAUAAAUUGGAUUUAUUAUGACAUUCAUUAGCAGGCUGAUUUCUCAAAUUUGCUUACAUCGAUCACUAUCAUUAUAUUCAUUCCUUUUAAAAUUGUACCUUUA